AUGAUGACGCGUUUUCGUUGCUACUGUGGCGCGGCGUAUUGCCUUUUUUACCUGGCGCGUUUGUCUUCCGGGGGUGCCCGUUCCUUCUGCCAUUUCGGCCUCUUUGGGAUUCUGCUGUGUCAGCUGGUCUCGUCGGCCAGCCUUCCUACAGAACAUGCGCGACACCCCGCAGGAGCUGCGGCGCCGCUGCCCACCGCCGCGGCGCCCCCCGUGGCUGCACACGCAGCUAGCCACGAAGCGGGAGACCGACGCGUCUCUCCUCCUUCAGCUUCCGCCAAAAGCGGAGAUCCAUUGAGGGGAAGCUCCCAGAGGCACGUCCCCGCAUCUGUGCAGUCUCGCUGGCGUCCAAUCCAACAGUUUCCCCCUCCACGAGAUGGGCAACACACAUAUGGAGCUUUCUUUGCCCCUCCUCCCCGGGCCGGCUCCGAUCCACUUCUCCCUCUGGACGAACCUGAGAAGACAACGAAGACGGAAGCCUCGUCCGACUUCGUGGAGAUUCUUGUCAGAAGCGUGGACAUGACUCACGGCUCCGCCCUCGUCGGCACCACGCGGGUGCAACUGCCCCUAAAUCGUCUGCGGCCCGGUCGAUCUCUGGAGAACAAGGCUUCUCCAGCCGAAGAAAAAGGGGGCGAAGAACGCGACGAAGAAGAAGAGCGGGACUCUCAGACCGGGGAAGGAGGCGUGUCGGACUCAACAGCGGCGGGUCACAGCAAGUCACAGUUUCCAGAUGACGGCGCGGAGCCGAGGGAGGGCAUAGAAGAAGAAACCGGAGAGGAAGUCGUCGCGGCCGAGUACGCCAGGUUGAAAAUAGACAUUUCCCAUUUCUCCCUUCCUAGAGAGGCGGUCUUUUUCUUUCGAUGGGGGAAGCCACCAACGUUUGUGAACUACGAUCUGCGAUUGGAAGUCAAGUCUCCAGGAAUGUAUUUCCUUCCUCUGGUUCGGGCGGUCGACGGUAUCUCUUCCCUUCAACACUCGGUUGAGUGCGCGUCUCCUUCUUCUCUCUCAUCAUCUCAGUCCUGUUCUUCCCCCUCUUCAUCUAGCUCGUCUGCUUCCUCUUCUUCGUCGCUCCAGUCGACUGGACGCGGCAUCGACCCUUCACUAUCGUCGCUGCCGGGGCUGCGCUCCUGCACGUGUUCACACCGUCCUUUCUCUUCGUCGCCUUUUGCCUCUCCUUCCGCUGGCUCUGCAUUUUCGUCUUCUGCCUCUGGGUCUGCUUCCGCGCCCGUUUUCUCGUCUUUUCUCCCAUUCGGCCGGCUUUACUACCUCAUCCUUUCUUGCACGGUCGACGAAUUUGCGGCGUAUCGCCAAAAGUUGGCACCGCGCAGCAGAGACGCAACCCUUGCGGGCACAGUGUCUUUGUCUUUCCACGGAGAGAAGUUCCUGCGAAUUCUUCCGUUCCUCACUCAAGAUGAACGGGUGAACAUGGACUUCACCAGCGACCCAGGAAAUAACCGGAAUGUCCACUUCUUCCAUCUCCCUGCUGCCGUUCCUUCUCGCGCGUCUUCACUGCCCUUGUCUCCGGAUGCCGCCGCAGCCGAAGAAGGCGCGGACCUGUUUCUUGCAGGCCUUCCGGGGCCGCUUCCUGCGGAGCUGGGAGCGGCGCCGCGAAGACGAAACGACCCAAAGAACGGAGGCGACGCGUCUGAAAAAGCGGGGCAAGCAUCGGAGACGCUUGAGACCUCGCAAAUCUCAGUGGGGAUGCCGCAGUCUGACAACGAAGUCGCCAGACGCCGAGCAGUGCCUGAGAAACUGGACUGGGAAGGGCCACGAGGUCCCGAAGCCUUUUUGUCUUGGAGUGGUGAUCUGAAAGCGGCGGAAGAGCGGAUCCCGGACAAGGGAAUCGAGGCAAAGAACAAGCAUGUCGAAGACGCGUUCACGCGCUUCUUCUUCUUUGCGCCAAAGACGCUGUUGGAAGAUCAGUUGACGGAAGAGGUGGAAGGCGAGGGCAGCUUGGAGGAGGUUCACGAUCAGAAUUCGCGGUCUGCCUCCUCACCGUCGUCCUCGUCUCUCCUUCGUCAGCGGAAGCGCCCCCAUGCGUUUCGCUCACGGCUGUUCCGACCUCUCGUGGUCCCUUCUUCUACGCGGCUCAAAGCGGCGCCGAGUUUUUCCUUCGAAUGGCAUCAAGUCGUUUCGCUCCUGCCUAAAGCCCUGGCGUCUCUGUCUUCGCUGCCUGCUCGUCCUCCUGGGCUUUCCUCUCCUCUCGCUUCGCACGCUGUCUUCUCGCCUGUUGCAUGCGUCCGCGUUCAGUUUUCGGGGCCGCCUUCGUCCCUCCCGCAGAGGGAGAAUGGAGCGACGACAGACGCUGCCACGGCGCUCGACACAUGUGCGUUUUUUGACGCAGCCGUGCACGGGGGCAGCGUUCCGGCGAGUCCCGGGGAGCCAGGAGACCUGGUGCGUUCCGAGCCAAUGCAUGCACAUGCUGCGAAAGCGGAGGGGCUGGGGGCAAGGCGCGGUGCGGGAGAACGCGCGUUUGACGCAGGCGGGGGGGACGAUGAGGGUUCAACGGCCCAAGGAGGCGCGAGGCGAGGCGCGGAGCCUUCGGGCCCUCCAGAGUGGCUCCAGGCGAACGCAGGGGGUGGGCGAGAAGACUUCGUGUCGGUGCCUGCGGCUCUCGCCCGCUUCUUCAACCUCCGCAGCAUCGACAUGCCGACGCAGAGAUCGACUGCAGCCCAGGCAGGGAAGGGCAAAUUUUGGGGUGAAAAAGGGAGCUCACCGGCGUUGCAAAGACAAACGCGGGAGUGGACGUUCUCGGUUCCACGGGAAAACCUCCCGGUGGCGAUGCGGAAGGCAGCGUACGUGGCGUCGCUCUCUUGGCGGCUUGUCCCUUUGCUGUUGGCCCAGAGUGCAGCUUCUUCGGCGGCCAGCGUGGGGGGCGCGGGCCCGGGCCGAGACGAAAAGGCGAAGGAAACGGAGAGCGCAGAAAGCGGGAGCGGCGAAGAGACGGACAACGCGUCUCGAGAGACCGGCAGCGCUUGGCAAGAAGGCCUGCAAAGGCGCGAACUGCGUGGCGACGCAGGAGGCGGCCCGGAAGGAGACAGGGCGGCGAAGCAUCUGGCGGUCGUGCAAGCUGAGGCAGAUCAGGGGAAGGAAAGAACGGAGAUCAAGGCAAGAGAGAAGGACACGCCAGACAGAGAAGAAGCCGCGGGUUCGGUCGAAGAGACUCAAGGAGAGAUGACGGAAAUCUUUGGUCCAAGUCUUUUUCUUCUCUCUCAGCGCGUCACUCUGGAUCUUCCCGCUCGUGGGCCGUGGGCGUUCUCGUUCUACCUGAACACGACGAUGCCAAUCGACAGUGCGCUCAGAUGGUUGGCAUGCGAGUCUGCGACACAGUGCGACAGUCUCGGAGAAAACCCUUCGUUCCCCGCUUUCCCUCCCUCUGCGUCGUCUCCUCCGUCUUCGGCGUCGUCCGCAUCCGACAGGGGGUUUGCUGGGGCGCGGCAGCCAGCCACGUUUCCGGCGUUUCGGGUGCAGGGCGAACCGUCCUCGGAGACGUUCUCGAAAGUCCCCUUCUUCAUUCGCCGUCACUCUUGUCGGGCGGCUCUGCAUGCGCCGCAGCGGCGGGAAGCGGAGGCGAGGGAGGGAGGAGGGCGAGAACGCGCGAGCUCGGUGCCUGUCCGGUUGGGUUCGUCUGUCUCGGGUGAGACGGGCGAGGCUGGCGAAGUCGAAGGAGACAGAGAGAACACGGCCGUUCAAACCGAGGAGAGUCCGUCUUCAGGAUUACCCUUUCCCGCGUUGUUCCGCUUUCCGCCUUUCUUCUCGCUGAUUUCUCCGUUUCUCUCUUUUUUGUCCAGGGUCAGCUCGAGAUACAGCCUCGACGCAGCAAGCGAGGAGGCGCUUUCUUUCCAAGGACAAGACAAACGAUCUAGGCAGCCGGCCGACGCGCUCUCUCCGGGUUCUCAUCUUUCCCACCUUCCUCCGUCCCGUCCCGUGUGCACCUCCUGUGGUGGCCGCUCUUCUCUUCUCUCUCUUCCCCUUCUGUCUCCAAAUCCCUCUUCCUCCUUCCUCUCGUUUCUGCUCCUGUCUUCGCUCGCGUCUAAUCCGGCUUCUCGUUCUCCUCCCUCGACUGCCUCGUGCGGUAUGUGGUGUACCACGCCAAUUCUGUCCUUUUCCCGUCCGUCGCUUCCGAUUUUCCAACCCAACCUUCUGCAAAGUGUGUCCUUGUCUCUCGGGCCCGAGUCGGAAGAGACGCCUGUACUGGCGGCGCUUUCCUUCGCGCCUUCGGAGGUCUCAGGGGGCGUCGCUGCACUACUCAUUCUCGAUGCAGGAGACAUUUGGAGGAGUCCGAAGUUCGUCUGCGAAGAGGCUGACUGGGAGCAAGAAAAUCAGCACAGCGCAGCGGAACCAGGAGAUGCGAGAUCUGCGGCAGCGCGCGGGAGCCCAGAAUCGAAUGAGGCCUGGAACAAAAAAGGACGCACAGAGACGCAGGCCGGGCGACGAGGCGGCGGAGAGGAGGCAAGGCGAGCGGCGAAACGCGACGGGGAGAGUGGGGAGGCAGAGGGAGGUGCCUGGAGAGAGUCGAUGAGGAACGUUGGAGACCAAACCGUUCAUUUCGGCAGGAGCGACGACGACGAAGGACAACCUGCUGCAGGCGGAGAAGCCGCUCGGACAAAGACGGAAGAGAUGCAGGAGACACAGCGAGGAGUUGACGACACGAGCCUCCGUCGACGUGUGUUGUCGUCCGAGCACUGGGCCAAAGGCGAUUGGCAGCGGCGCGUUUCCUUCGCUUCGCCGAAUCCCGAAGAGGCCUUUGAGCGCGAGACACCCGCGCCCGUGUCGGGACUGGUCAAUGGAGAUUUGGAACCGAAAAAGGCAGGCGCUGAAAGGGCCGGAUCGCGGAGGCUGCUGUCUUCAGGGUCAGACGUCGUUGUCUCCUUUACUGUCGAGUUUCUUUUGCGUCGAGAAGCGGCGCCGUUUCGCGGGCCUUCGCUGGCGAGAACAGAUGGGACGGAGGCUGCGGGAGGGACAGAGCGUGCCCGGCGCAGUUUCGACGUCCAGAGCGGAAGUGCGACAGGCACUGUGAUUGCUCAUUCGUGGCUCCUCCCGUUUACCUGUCGAAAUGCGGGGCCGGAUGGCGAAAGGAGGGUCGGCGCCGAACCCCGUUUAGAGACAGAGCGGGGCCAGGUCCAUGGCAGAGACGGGCGAGGACACGGGGCGAGAGAAGAACCGCGGCGCGGGAGUAGCGGUGCGUCGCCGGGGGCAACUGGAAGCCCCGAGGGAGAAGGCGAGGCUGGCGGCGCCCAGGGGGGUGUCGACCUCCCAGGAGUCGAAACAGCGAACAGCGCUCGAACGCUGGACACACGCAGCGAGCGAUCCGCGGCGGCCCGUUCGGCUGGUUCGCGUGCGUCCACCUCUUCUGUGGUUUCCAUGUCUCUCUCUCUUGAGUCCGCUAUCGGAUCGUCUUCUUUCGCUUCUCCAUCUUCGGUUGCCGAGUCGUCGCCUGGAUUCCCUUCUCGCCGUUUCUCGGUCGCGAAGAAAGUCGGAGCCAGCGAAGCGUUCCUGUACGAGGCGACUGUGCCGCCGUCGUGGAACUUCCUCCCAGGCCGACACCUGGCCUCGUGGAGGCUCGUGCAACGCGCGGUGGUCGUUUCGCCGCGAGGCGCAAGGCGGCUGCAGGCCAGCAGUUCCUUCUUGCCACCGGACGACGGCGCAGCCGGCGACAGGUCCAGGGGCGAGAUCAACGGAGGGGCUGUGGGCGCGGCCAAAGUUGGGGAACGCAGAGACAAGUUGCAGCUGCGUGAGGACAGAAACGCUUUAUCAGACCACGCGUUUCUACCGCGACAGAAAGCGCAGAGCACGCGCCUCGGAGGCGAGCAGCCCGGCGUGCGUCUCACGAUGCAGAUUCUCGCCGACGAGCCUUGUGAGCAGACCUGUCACCGAGGGCAUUGCUGGCCUCUCGGCUUCGUGGACGGCUUCCGCCUCAGCUACUGCAGGUGCACUUUGGGGGUUGGCGGCGCAGCGUGCGAUGUGGAACUCUUGCCGAGGUGGUAUGUUUCUUUCCUCACGGGCCUUCUCGUUCUCUCCAACUCUGCGUUUCUCUUCGUUCUUCACUCCUCGAUGCGCGAGCUAGCAGACGCGGCGAGUCUCAGCGCGCCCAAGUCAGCCAGCGACCGCCGACCUGCAGCGAGGGCGCUCCAGGCGGGCGCGGGAGGCCAGGGCGAGACGCUGUCUACGGCAAUGUGGCGCGCGCCAGCCGCGUUGCGCGCUGCAGUCCGCGUUUGUGUCUUUGGUGCGGCCAUGGCAGCGUCUUCCAUGUACCACCUGUGCUUCGAUGGCGACAGGUGUUUCGUUGUGUCUCCCCUGCUUUGGCAGAAACUCGACUUUCUGUUUUCGUUUCUCGCGAUUCUCCUGGUGGUUGUCGCGCUGUUCCGGCUCCCUCCGUGCCUUGAGUUCCUUCUCCUCGGGAUCAGCUUCGCGGUAAUCUUUCGCGCGUUUUCCACGCCGCAUGCAUCUGCGAUGGUGAGUCACCUGUUUGUCUGUCUCGGUCUCCUGCUGCUCCUACGCACAGUAGGCACCUUUCCACGGCUGUGGAUGCAGCGAAGGAGACAGCGCGGCCGCAUGCUGCCCGGCGCCUGGGAAUGCCGGCAGCGUCUCCUGACGGCGAUAGCCCGAGCCAUCGAAGACGCGAGGGAGAACAGGCGUCGGCGAACGGAAGGCCCGGAGGCGGCGAUCGGGUCGGCGGAGGCGUGGGGCAGAGAGCGAGGAUCCGGACCCCAGAGAUGUGGGCACUGGAAGACGCAGGGGGUGAACGAGAUGAACAGCGCUUCCACGAGACGGGAGAAAAAGGGCGGACACAGAGAGCUGGAGCAGGCAGACGCAGCACGGCGAGAAGAGGCAGACGAAAACGGGGAAGGCGACGCGUCUCUCCACACGCGAGAAUUCUCGUUUCUGCGCGGCUGUCUCCAGUUUUGCCGGGAUUUUGCAGCCGUGCUGGGUACUCAGGUCGCAGCAGGUGUCGCUGAUCCCGUGAGUCUGCUUGUGGGAAUCUUCUUUGCGCUUGUUGGAGCGUGCGCGUUUGUCUUUUUUGAAACGAAUGGGAACUAUGCAUUUGUCCACUCGCUGUGGCAUGUCUCUAUCGAGCUGUCUCCUUUCUUCUGUCUUCGGGGCCUGGCGGCCAGCCGGGCCGACCCCGUGCUCGCCGAGGUCAAGGCGCCACGCGAGAAAAGACAAAAAGGGACCGGAGGCGAGGCGGCAAGCAAAGACCGGCAAAACGGGACGCACGAGCUGAGAGGGGAGAACGAGGGCGGUGAACGAGCGCUGGGAGCGGAAAACGAGACGGAAAGGAGACAGGCUCCUGUGGAGCCGCCAGGCGAGACGCGACCCGAAGAGACGUUCACACGCCAGGGCGAGGCCCAACAGGCGGGGCGGCCUCAGUGCCGUUUCGUCCUCUUAAGACGCCUCCAAGCAGCGGCGUCUCAUGCUUUUGGCUCUGAAAGGGAAGACGCAAGAAACGCGAUCGCGGAGACAAGUGAUGUUUGCUGGGAGGCCAUCCUGUCGAAAGCCCUCGCUGAAUCGGCAGAGACCGAGUUGCCACUGGAGACAGGAGCCGGCGACGAGGACGGGUCUGAGGGUGAGGAGACAACGGCAAGCUGGAGGCGAAUGGUGACGGUGGAAGGCGAGGGAACCGGGGACGAAGAAGCAAGGCGAUUCGCUGCUUCGAAAGGGGCGAAUGACUUGAGAACAGUUGGAAACGUGGACAGUGUAGAAACGGAGCGAGACCAUCUGGUGGGGGAAUCGAUCCUGGUUUCAACGAACGUGGGCCGCAGAACGCGAUGCUUGGAGGCGCGCGGGACGCCUCCCGCUGGGCCGUCUCCUUCAAGUAACCGGCCGGCUGUGAAGGGCUGUCGCGGAGACAGGGUAGACGCGGAUUCGCUGGGAAACGAACCUGCGGGGCGGGCUCCAUGGCCGUCAGCGGAAUUUCGGUCCGACCUGGUCGCUCCGCUCGCGUUCCUCCUGUCGCGUCAACAGGAGGCUCACAGGCACGCGACGCCUCGCAUCGUGUUUGGCCGUGAGUGUCUGUGGUGUGCGAUGGCGGGGCGUCUGAGUGCGUUUGACGUGGCGAAGAUCCAGGGAGAAAUAGUUCGUCUGAGAGUCAAGAAGGUGGUCAGGCAGUUGGUUGGAAAAGUCUGUUUCUAG